UGCGAUUGUGUGCAGCAGCGCUCGCAUCGCACUCGGCAUUUACGUGCGAUUGUCGGUGGACUUGCUUUAGCCAAAGCAGCCGCCGCAGCAAAUCGCAUAAAGAGACAACGGUUUUGAAUUUAGAUGGAUACGGGUUUUGUGGAAGCGAACUGAAAAUUGAAAACUUGAUUCAUCCAUCGUUCGAGAGUCCACCGGCUACGACAGUGCUAAAAUCGAAGGGACGCUUUUUGUGGUUCGAUAAUUAUGUAUUUUGAACAGACUGCUGGGAGUGAAACGAAAAAAAGUCGAGUGAUUAGAAUUUAAACAGCCGUGAAAAUGGAUGAAUAUGUUUCGAAACGCUAGAGGAGAGUGAGAGUGCAAACCCCGUGGAAGAAAAUUUAUGUUUGCUGGCAAAAAAAGAAGGCCGAUAGUGCUACAGAGCGCAUGAAAAUAAACUAGUCUGGUGCGUCGUAUUUUGAAGUUCAAUGUUUUGCGGGUACUACCCCCCCAAUAGGAAUUUAAACUUCAGGUGUUUCUAAUUUGAAAAGUGUAAUGUUAUUGUUACGCACGGAAAAUAAAAAUUCCAUUCAUUGGGGCGCCGUCUGGUGGGUCUGGCAAGUGCAUUACCGUCUAGUUUGAGGGUCGAGUGCUAAGGAUUACCCACAAAACCUGGCUGGCUAAUGAGAUUUUUUGUAAACGUGGCGGCGGUGGACACAACAUUUGGAAGUGGUGGCUUUUUUGCAGUUGUGUAGGCGUCAGAACGUAGAAACUUUUUGAAGAAAGAAAUAUACACAAAGCAUCAGUUACAGUGCUUGAGGAGGAGCAGAGGAAACGGAAGGAAUACAGAUCGCGAGAACACGGUUAACGAGAUGCAACAACCACGUAACGUGAGGAAAAAAAGAAAAGACCUACGAUGAUGGGAAACCAGUUCUGUGGCAGGGGAUUACAUCGACUCGAGUAGGAAAACUAACGCCAUCACAAAUACGUCGCGUGUUUCCAUCAGGUGCUCCUCCCUGCGUCCUAGAAGGCGUGGAAACUCCAACCUAAUCUACACCCCAGCAGAGUAAAACAACAAGAACUAAAUAAAAACCCUUUUGUGGUGCGAGAGUCGGACGUGAACGUAACGUAACAGCACACACCGGUGAAAGGUCAACUUCGACCAGAAAUAACAUUGGCCUACUAAAUUCGAAAUACACCUUGCCACCCAUCAUCAUCAUCACACUUGUGCACGCUACUGGAGGCAACUAUUGUGCCACACCGGUGCACAGAAACGGAAACGCAGUGAGAAACUGUUUUGUUGCGGUCAGUGCGAGUUGAUAGCCGUCGUCGCAGUAGCGGUGGUAAAGCAGCAGUAGUCCGCAUGUUCGGUCAAAGGAGCGAAAGGAUGGAUCUAAACAACGAGAACAUUCAGUCGGCCUCGGAAAUUGUAGAGAAUCGCCUGUACUUCGUGGCAUUCAAGAAAGAGUUCAAGCCACGCGGGACCUCCAACACGCACUACUUCACCAUCGACGAUGAGCUGGUAUACGAGAACUUUUACAACGAUUUCGGGCCACUGAACAUCUGUAUGCUCUACCGGUACUGUCAGCUGCUGAAUGAGAAGCUUCGGUCGGCGCAGCACGCCCGGAAGAAGAUCGUCCACUACACCUCGGUGGACGCUUCGAAGCGUCUGAAUGCGGCCUACCUAAUUGGGGCCUACUCGGUGAUCUAUCUGAAACGAACCCCGGACGAGGCAUUGAAGCCACUAACCUCCGGCUGCAAUGUGCUGACGUACACCAAAUUUUGCGACGCUUCGUACGUCUAUUCCGGAUACCGGAUAUCGCUGUACGACUGCAUCCACGCGGUAGCCAAAGCCCUGGAGGCGGGGUUUUUCAACUUUGACGAUUUCGACUCGCAACAGUACGAACACUACGAACGGGUCGAAAAUGGUGACUUUAACUGGAUCGUACCGGAUAAAUUUUUAGCUUUCUGUGGCCCCCACAGUAAGUCCCGGCUGGACAAUGGAUAUCCGAUUCAUGCUCCGGAAACAUACUUUGAGUACUUUCGGGAGCACAACGUUACCACAAUAAUUCGGUUGAAUGUGAAAAUCUACGACGCAGCUCGAUUCACCGUUGCUGGCUUCACACAUCACGAUUUGUUUUUUGUUGACGGAAGCACGCCGAAUGAUGCGAUUCUGAAGAAGUUUCUUGCAAUCUGUGAACAAGCGGAUGGAGGCAUUGCGGUGCAUUGUAAAGCUGGUCUGGGUCGCACGGGAACUCUCAUCGGAGCGUACCUCAUUAAGCAUUACAAUUUCAAUGCUCUAGAGGCCAUAGCUUGGUUACGACUGUGUCGGCCCGGCUCGGUUAUCGGUCAUCAGCAGCAGUGGAUGCUCAGCAAAGAGGCAUUGCUAAUGAACGAAGGGAAUGCAUAUCGUAAGCGACAUGCCAUUGUGAAACCAAUCAAACAUCAGUACGGAAUUUACAGCGUGAAACAGCACGCUGGUAACAAGGAGCUUGAAAAUCAACAGCAGCAGCAGCAACAGAACAAUUCCACAACCGCGGUUCGAAAUUGUUUAGCGAAUUCCGACUCCUCGUCCUCAUCGUCAGCCUCAUCUUCUGCGGCAGUCACACCGGUAGCCACCAGUAAGGUAACUCCGGAUGGACCCACUAGUUGCCGCGUGCAAAUGUUGCUUAAGGAGCGCGUUAAGGGAAUUUCUCAUAAAGUUGAUACUAUGCGAUUGAAUGAUGAAGACGAGCAGCAGACUAAUAAACUGAACAACAAUUUUGACGGUGGAACAGAAUCCAUCUUAUCCUUGGACGUUGUUGAUGGGAUAAGGGAAAGGCAGCCCUCGAACCAGCUCAGUGUCGACAGGAAGUGUGCAACUAUCCCGGCUACCCGACGGUCCAAAGCAGUUCGGACGAGCCGAUUGAUUACCCUCGAACAGUCACAGCAAACGCAGGGCGACAAAUUAAACCAGAUUAAGGCGAUGCGAAGGAGACCAUCGCGGUCGGCAAAUGUCAUAACGCAAUGUCAUGACGAACCGACGCCCACUACCAAUCGGUUCAAUCUGAACCAACUACAGCAACAUUACAACCAUCAUCAUCACCACCAUCAUUGUCACAAUCACCAUCAUCACACACGUGCUAAAUCUCAACCAUUCCGCAAUACUACCGCUAUUAAUCCGAACAACAAUGCCAACAACAACAACAACAAUGUCAUCACCAACAUCAUCAACAACAACAGUGAGCGUAUCGUCGCUACUGCUGCUGGUGCUGCUGUAACCAGUGUUGCCAGUGUGCAAACCAAUAAUCUCUUGAAUCAAAUCGCCUCCAACUGCGUUCGUCAUUCGUCAUGUACGGUCUCGGAUGCAGCAACGGUGGUGCCAUCAAAACAGCAACGGCAAUCUUCCGGAAAGAAAGUGCCACUAGCGGUAGAUUCGUCCGACGAAGUUCCUGCCUCGGUUGCUACCCGUCUUCGGACGGAAGCGCCAUUGGAAACGGUGACAAGCAGCACUAACGCCGCUGUUCUUCGGGCAGAUGAGUCGCACUCUGCGACACAACUGAUUGAAGAGACCGGAGAGGAGCCGAUAACAACAACAGUUAGCAGUAGCAACAUCACUAGUACUAGCAAUACUAACAACGGUGGCGAUACGACAGCAAAAUUCAAUACUACUUCGCAAGCACCCAAAAGCACCACAGUAGCAGCGGCGGUGAGCACCGGCAGUGGAACGGGAGGAGGAGGAUGCUAUGCGACAACCAACCUGUUGGUGCCGUGUUCGGGCCGGCAGAACAAUCGUCUGUACAGUAAGAGGUCUGUAACCGCCAACCAGCAGAUACAGCAGCAGAGGAACAAGAAAAACUCCCAAACCAUGGCAGAGGUGAUCCUCACAACCCAACCCGGUUCCGGUACCGGAACGAACACGACGACAUCGACAGCCACCUCGACUAACCCCACCGUCAUCAAAUUAACAGUUAAGGACGAGGUAAAACCGCGGGCGUCGGUUCGAACGGGGCGAAACAACAGCCUGGAAAGCUACCACCAUCACUAUCAGUAUAUUAACAUACCAAACAUCAUCACGUACAAAAGGGGUCGUUCGAAGAUACCAGCUUCGGCUCGGUUGAGAUCCAGCAUGACAGUGGACGGUGCCUCCACUGGAGCCGGUAAGAAGGACGAUCCUGAUUCCGCAACCAUUCAGUUGAUACUCAAUAAACCUGUGACGCGACGGACUCGAAACUCGGGUGGAGGAACGGCACCACCGCAGCUGGUCGGUACGGCGUCUCCCGCGAAUCCGGUUACCGUUGUUACGGCGGUUGAUGAGCUAAACGGCAAUGGAGCUUCACCCACAACAAUUGCACUAAGCGGAGAAGAUCGGAAGAACAAUAACGGUGACAUCAACCUGGAAUUGACGUGCCUGGCCGGCAACAGUAGCAUCAUUAAGCGUAACAAACGAUCUCGCAGCAGUACAAAGAUAGAGAAAGAGAAGCAGGACGAAAAGGGUAGCAAGGUGCUGCGUAAAAAUGGUGGAACAGGUUCGGGAGGAACUACCGCCAGCGGCAUUCCGGUGGCGACAGGUGCAAAAGUGACAUCCGAAUCCUCCAAGGGAGCUAGUACCGAGAGUAUCACAUCGGCAGCCAGCACACCCACGGCCAGCCUCACACGAAACACCUCCAGCAGUAGCUCAUUGAACCGGAAGGCGGGUGGGGCGGUUGGAACAAAAAUUCCUUCCGGCGUACAACAGGAAAGCUUCUCUGCCACCGGUUCGCUUAAGGUGCGCAAAAAGUGAAAACCCUAUUAAGGGUGGGGUCGAACUUUUCGACGCACGAUAAUAGCAUUUUUGUUUGUUCUCACACUGAUCUUAGAUUAGUGACAGUAUUUUUAUAGGGGGGAGGGGGGGGGGGGGGGGUGGAAGACGCCGUUGUUGUCGUUACUAUGCGAGGGGCUAAGGGAAAAGUGCAGAAUUGAGUUCUGUGAUGUGUAACACCGUUUGUAUUGUAUUUUUUUAUUUUUUUUUCUGUUUAUUGCUUUGACAUAUUUUUGGUCAACAAAAAUAUUUAACUAUCGCAGUGCGAUUUUAUUUUAUGUACUAAAUUGUUACUAACUAUAGGCCGAUCGGCCACGCAAUAUAUUGAACUAUAAGGUUUAUUUCCUAGCAUUAGUCAGAGCUUUAAACACGUUAUUCUAUUAUUUCUUUGCUUAGAAAGUGAAACCUUUGCCGGUGCAGAAAACAUAACCAGUUUCUUUUUAUGAUGUUCGGCUUCAAAAAAAAACUCAUUUCCGAGCGUUUCGUCUAUGCCGACUUGAGCCAAUAUUCCUAGAUUAACUGUUCACAGUUUCGACGGAUGGUCUCCUGCCAUAAUAUUAUUUAACGAAAAACACAGAUGAUUGUCAUUUUUUUGCCAAAUUAGGAAAAGAGUUUGUAGAAUCGAGUGCUCGCAAUAGACGGUUAAUUGUAAAUACAAAUUAAAGCAGAAAUGUUGCUUGAAACAAAAGCUUAGAUUUCAGAGUACAAAGUUGAAUCUGCGCCACCAAUAGCUAAAUACUGUGCGAGUCAUAACAAACAUUGACACUGUUACUCGUGAACUCGUUCCCGAUGAUAGAUGCGACUUCAAUUAAACAUACAAUUAAAAUGAAUCGCAACCGCAAUCGCUUUUCUAGAAAGCUUAAAGAGGGAUUUUAAGUUCAAGUUGUAGGGUUUUGCCAACUGGGGAGACAAGUUUGUGUGAAAUCCCUCUAAAGCAAACAGUCUUUGCAAUCCGUCCAAAAUCUAGUCGCUGGAUUUUGUAGGGUUUAAUCGAUAACCACGACCUAAUGAACACAGUAGCGGAUGCUUGUUUGUGUUUUUGAUAAAUUUAUUUAGAUUUCAAUUAGAAAUGAAAUACAUAAAAAAAUGAUCCAUUCCAAAAACGUUUUUGGGUAUUAAAAUGUUGCCUUGAAUGGCAAGGCAAAUAACAGUCUCGAUUAUAAACUUUGCUGUGUACGUCCAACAAAGUUUCAAAUUUUGAUAAAUUUACGUCGCAGUGCGAUCCAUUAGAAAUAUUCACAUCUCACUAAAGGACUGUCAAAAGUCUGUGCGAUCAUUUCCGACUGUUAGGAUAGCAAGAUCGCUGAUUUAGGUUGGGAAGUUUGUUGGCAGAGAACUUGCAAUUAGUGUUAAAACAAGUUGCUGUUUUUUGUUUGUUUGUUGUGCGAAUUAUAAUCCAAAUUUAUUUUAAGUUUUGCUCUUAGUUACGUUGUGCCAUCUUGGAGGAAUGCUGAAAUUUUAACAAAAUCUGACAAUAUAUGAUGCAGUGUAACAUGAUGGUACAGCUCUAGGCUCUAAAAGUGUGCUUUUUGGUGUUUUUUCCUUUUGUUAAGACACGUGUUUAAAUAAUCUUUUUUCGUACUAAGAUUUUACUGUUAGCAAUAAGUUCUACACGUUGUUUUCCUCUUCCAAAACUAUCAUAGCAAUUUUUGUUUUAUUUUAUUAUUAGCUUUCGGUUAUGUUACGAUUAAUGUUCAUCUCCUGUACUGUAGAGCGUCACUUAGAGAAAAUCGUGCGCAGCACGAAUCGCGAUAACCAAAAAAGUCAGUAUUCACCAAGUCUCGAAAAGCAAACAUAUAAACACGUAAUCUCUAAACAAGUAUAAAUUUCUGGCCUCAGCCGUUUUUUGUGGUGCGAUAUUAAAUAUGUAUAACAAACAGAAGAACCGUAAUUGCUUAUGUACAACGUACUUACUCUUGGAAACAGAAUAUAAACUCAAUGUAUUUGAAAUGUAACAAUCACAUUUGAAGCCGUGUAGUGAGAUUGUUGUUGUUUUAUAGGUCCUCUAAAUCAGAUGCCUAUCUACAAAGUAAGUGAAAAUUAUAUAUACUACAAAUCGCCAUAUUAUAAAAUCACACCGUGAGAAAGUUGUCUUACAAAGCGUAUAUAACAAAACAAAAACAUAAAAAUGAGAAAUAUAGUAUUUAACAUCACUAAUGCUGUGCAGACAGUGAACGAUUACAGCGUAUCAUCGUUUCAACCGAACCUUGCAAUAAGAAUAGCACUUCGUGUCACAUUCACGCAAAACAGAGAAAUCAUGCAAAACAGGAAAAAAUAAUAAAACAAAGGUAACACAACACAAAGCACUCAAGAAACAAAAAAAAAGAAUCGCACCCACAGACACAAAAACAACAAUAUCAAUAGACUAUUAGUAAACUGGUAGUGAUGUACUAAAAAUAAGGCUUAUUGAGUAUAACAGAUAAAAAGAGAAAAUUUCUAAAUUAAUACGUAUAUGUAUGUAACAAAACUAAAACAGAAAACACACACGACACAUGCACACAAAACAUAAAAGUGAUAAACACACUAUUUCGAUGCUUUUGAGAUGAUGUCUGCAAGAUAAAGAGAGAGAGAGAGAGAGCGAGUAUCAAAUUAAGAACGAAUAUGAUGAAAUGAGUACAGAAAAAUGCAAUCAACCAUACAAUUCAA